UUCACUACAACAAAACCUAAUUCCAGCGGCUAUUUUGGGGAAGCGGUCCAAUAGAACCGCCGUCGCUGCAAUCCCCAAUUUCACAUAGCAGCAGUAUCACGCAACCGCCUCUGAAGCAAACGCCCGGCGGCGGCCAUCAUGUUCUCUCCACGGCGGUUUAUGGAAUUCGCGCCAUUAUUUGCUUAAACCGCCUAAUUCCUCUUUCAUUCGCACUUUUCGCUAGCUCCACUACCCACUACUAUCCGCCAUUACUAAAUUUUUCAUUCUUCCAAAACCUAGCUCUACGCCCAGAACCCCAAUUGCAGUGAACAAAAACUCUUCGUGCAGAGCAAAAAUCUGCAAUGAAUCAUGGCUUAGCAAAACUAUACGCAUUUGUUCCAGUCCCUGAUUCUCUAGUUAUUUCUCCUUCUUGUUCGUUACUCUGAGCGCACAAAUUUCUCUUCUGGAAGCGCAAAUUUCUUCAAUUUAAGAUUUUUAGCUGAAAUGGUUAUCCUUUCUGGUCUAUAUUCUUAGCAAAGGGAGCCAGAUUAAGUCAAGACCAACUUUGGCACAGUGAAGGCUGUUUUCUUUGGAAGUAACAUACCUACCUAUUCCAUCUUACUUAUCUGCUGAUUUUUUUUGAAAAACAAAACAAUUUACUUUAAAGCUAUGGAAGUUCUGGAUAAAUCGUGGAUUAAGAGACCACGAAAUUCUCUUGAGUAUGCACAAGGUGUCUCAAGAUUUAUUGAGUUUGCUUUUGCACAUCAUUCUGCCGAUGGAACAAUCAUAUGUCCAUGUAAUGCAUGUGCUUUUAAGAAGUGGCUAACAAGGGACGAGGUGUAUGAUCAUUUGAUUUGUACACAAUUUCCAAUAGGAUAUACAUUUUGGUUUUAUCAUGGAGAGCGCUCGAUAGGAGAAACUAGCAACGUUUCAAGUAGUAUUUUUUCAGAUGUACAACAAAAUUCUAUGGCCGACGAGCAGCAUCCUAUGGUCGAGGUUGAUUCAAUUCGAAACUUGAUUAGUGAAGGUCUAGGAGUUGGUGGGAACAUCAGAAAUGGUUCACCCGUAAUAGCAGAUGAAGUCAUUGAUGGUGUUGCUCAAGGAUCGAUGCCUAGUGAAUCUCAUGAAACUCUUGAAGCGAAAGGGUUUAGCGAGCUAAUUAAGGAUGGAGAAGAGCCGUUAUAUGAAGGGUGUACAAGAUACUCAAAGUUAUCUUUUCUAUUGAAGUUGUUCCAUAUCAAGUCCCUCUGUGGAAUGACCGACAAGUCUAUGAAGAUGAUUUUAGAACUUUUGAGUGACGCAUUCCAAUACGCGAGAAUUCCAAGUUCUUUUUAUGAGGCAAAAAAGAUCAUUUCUAAACUCAGUUUGGAUUGCACGAAGAUACAUGCUUGCCCAAACAAUUGUAUGUUGUAUUGGGGCGAAGAUGAGAACAGGGAGACAUGUAAGGUCUGUAAUAGGUCUAGAUGGAAGACAUAUAAGAAAAAAGGUCCAGCUGAGCCAUCGAGUGUUAUUGGUAACAAAAAGAAGAAGCAUCCGGCAAAAGUUCUUCGUUACUUUCCUUUAAAAUCUCGAUUGAAAAGAUUGUUCUACUCGUCAAAGACUGCUGCUGAUAUGCGAUGGCAUGCUACAACUGAGAAUAAGGAUAACGCAAUGAGACAUCCAAGAGACUCUGAGGCCUGGAAAAGGUUUGAUUUGGAGCACUCCAACUUUGCAUCCGAUCCACGAAAUGUGCGUCUUGCAUUAGCUACCGAUGGCUUCAAUCCACAUGGAACGUUGAGUGCGAAUCAUAGUAUUUGGCCUGUCAUUCUCAUUCCGUAUAAUACUCCUCCAUGGACGUGUAUGAAAUCGACAUCAUUCAUAAUUUCAAUGAUCAUUCCUGGCAAGAAAAUGCCAGGAAACAACAUAGAUGUUUAUUUGCAACCUCUAAUAAAAGAGUUAAAGGAGUUAUGGGUUGAGGGUUGCGAUGCAUAUGAUGCUUUAACACAAGAAGUCUUUAAGUUGCACGCAGCUUUAUUGUGGACAAUUAGUGACUUUCCUGGGUUAGGAACUCUUUCUGGGUGGAAUACAUACACAGGACUUGCUUGCCCUUCUUGCAACUUCGAUAACAUCCCGCAUCGUCUCAAUCACAGCAAAAAGUAUUGUUUUAUGGGUCAUCGUCGCUUUCUGGAUCAGAGACACAAGUUUAGAUUAAAUACCGUUCAAUUUAAUGGAAGACAAGAAACAAGGCUUCCACCAAGAAAAUUAUCUGGCAGUGAAAUACUUUCACAAGUUGAGAAUAUUAAUGUCACCUUUGGCCGAAGAGAAGAAAUAGGAAGAAGUGGUAAAAGAUUACGCACUGGUGGAACUGUUGAAGGAGGUGGUACUCAACAAUGGAAAAAGAAGAGCAUUUUUUUUGAGUUGCCAUAUUGGAAGUCUAAUUUGCUGCGUCACAAUCUCGAUAUGAUGCAUAUUGAGAAAAAUGUAUGUGACAACGUACUAUAUACUUUGUUAAAUGAUAGUUUGAAGUCAAAAGAUCACAUAAAUGCUCGAAGAGACCUUCAAGAAAUGGGUAUCAAGCCUGAUCUGUGGCCAAGGGAAAAUGGAAAGUGUCCUCCAACAAUUUAUACUCUGAACAAUUUGGGUAAGAAGAGAUUCUUGACAACUUUGAAAAACGUCACUGUUCCUGAUGGUUAUGCAAGCAACAUAUCAAGGUGCAUUGAUCUAGAGUCUCUUAAGUUGAGUGGGAUGCUAAAAAGUCAUGAUUGUCAUAUACUUAUGGAGCAAUUAUUACCGUUAGCCAUGCAAACAGGUCUGCCUGAUGAGGUCUCUGCAGUGCUUAUUGAGAUGUGUUCAUUCUUUAGACAAUUAUGUGGUAAAGCGUUAAGUGCCCCCUGUUUGGAAAAGUUGCAAGAUCAAAUUAUCCUCACAUUAUGCCACAUGGAAAUAUUAUUCCCUCCUUCAUUCUUCACAGUUAUGGUUCACUUGAUGGUGCACCUUGUAGAAGAAGCUAAACUUGGAGGCCCUACCCAUUAUAGAUGGAUGUACCCUAUUGAGAGGUAUUUAGGACACUUGAAGUCAUAUGUACGUAACAAAGCACAACCAGAAGGAUCCAUAGCGCAAGGAUACUUAAUGGAAGAAAUUCUUACCUUUUGCUCCAGAUAUUUAGAGAACAUUGAGACUAGAUGGAAUCGACCUCGCAGAGUUGAUGAUGAACCAACCCAUGAAGAAUCAAAUCCUUGGUUAGAUACUUUGUUUCCUGAAGUAGGUAAACCAAUUGGUGUUUCCUCAUAUUUCACUUUAACAGCCAUCGAGAAGUUACAAGCUCAUAGACAUGUGUUAACUAAUUGCUCCAUAGUUGACAAAUAUCUCCAGGAGUUUAGAAAUAUUGUACGAAAGCAAUUAAGAAGUCGUACAAGGAAUACAUCAGAGAUAGACAAGAAAGUUCAUAGAGAGUUUGCAAGUUGGUUCUCUACCCGUAUUGUUCGAGAUCUUGAUAAAAUUGAAGAAUCUAAGAGAACGGUAUUUUUUAGUCUUGCCAAAGGGCCGAUUGACCAAGCAAGAAGAUUUUCUGCAUAUAAUGUCAAUGGAUACAAGUUUAGGACUGUAGAACGUGAAAAAGGUUUAAAAACUCAAAACAGUGGUAUUUUUGGGACAUUUGGAACAAGAAGUUACUCCCGCAAUAGUGAUCCCAACAUGAGGUUUGGAGCAGUUCCUUAUUAUGGAAAGUUAGUCGACAUCAUUGAACUUAAUUAUGAUGGUAUAUUCUUUGUAACCUUGUUUAAAUGUGAAUGGGCUAAUACCACAAACCCAAGGGCCAUGAAAGUAGAUAAGUUAGGUUUUACUUCUAUCAACUUUAGUAGAUUAAUACAUACCGGUGAGCAUGAGGAUGAUGAGCCAUAUAUUAAGGCUAACGAAGCUCAAAUGGUUUAUUACGUGGAGGAUGAGAAAGAAAAAGGUUGGAGCAUACCAAUUCAAGUAAAGCCAAGAGACUUAUAUGAUAUGGGCAAUGAGGAUGAAGACAUAAUUUAUGACAAUGUGGGUUAUCCAUCACAAGAUUUGGGACAAUUUUUUCCAGAUAACAUUUCACAUAUACCAUUAGCAAGAUCAAUUAUAGACGAAGAAAGUUUAGAAUAAUAAAUGACUAAGAGAAAGACUGUUUCUUCACGUGAGAAUACAUCUACUCAUGAGUUUAAUGAUUCACCACCCGUUGAUCAAAAUGAGUCAUCUGAAUCUAUAGAGCCUGAACCUACUUUAUCUACUGGUUCAGAAGUUUCAAAUGUUCAGUUAGAUGUACAAGGAAGAAAGUCCAAUAAGUACUGGACAGUUGAUUUGGAAGAUGCAAACGGAGUGAUUAAGGAAGGUCACUUAAGGUUGAAAGAUGUGUGGGUGCUGUCUCGUGAGACUAGAAUUAUAGUGCAUUGGAAUGAGCAUGGCCAACC